AUGGGAUCAAGGGAUCCACAUCCAGGUUUUGUGCAUAUCCACUGGUCACUCUGUCGGUUCCUCUCUCUCUCUCUCUCUCUCUGUUUUGCAUGUUGGUUUCUAUUUAGUGUAGCUCUCUCUCUCUACCUGUGUAUUUUGCGCAAAUUCUGUUUUGGGUCCUUGAGCUUUGGCUCCUUCGUUUCUGUUAUCCACUUUACUCGGUUUGUCUCUCCCUGUGUGAGUGUGCAAGAAUUUGGAAAAGUGGGUUUUCUGGGCAUGAUGGAUCUCGUGGAAAAGGAAUCAUUGUGUGUGGGUAUGAUGAGUGAGAACAAGAAGUGCUGCUCUGAUUGCAAGACCACAAAGACCCCCUUGUGGAGAGGUGGGCCAGCUGGGCCAAAGUCGCUGUGUAACGCUUGUGGGAUCAGAUAUAGGAAGAAGAGGGUAUCAAUGGUGGGUUUUAGCCACGUGUCAUGUAGGAAAAGGGACAGAUCACAUGGUAAUGCUUCCACUGCUGCAACCACAUCAUCUACUCCUAAACCUGAUGGUGACGGUGAUGGCGACAGAGAUCUCAGCGAGUGUUUGAAAACGAAAUUAAUGGCAUUGGGGAAGGAUUUGUUGUUGCAGAGGUCGCCGUCAGUGAUGGUGACGAAGAAGCAGAGGUGCCAGAGGAGGAGGAAGCUGAAGGAGGAGGAACAAGCAGCUGUUUGUCUGAUGGCAUUGUCCUGCGACUCUGUUUUUGCCUAAAAGGAAGAAAAAGAACAAAACCUGAUAAAGAUAAACAAGACCCUAACCAACCAACAAAUAUUAAUACCUUUUGUUGUCUUUUGGCUUACCCCUUUUUUUUUUUUUUAAUAUUUUUAAUUUAAAGAAAUGAAGCAAAAUACCCUUGUUCAUGUUAUGUGGGUAUUUCCAUUUCAAAUACAGAAAAGGGAAAAUGAGGGUGCUGGUUGGAGAAAUGAUGUCCUCCCUGCCUUUUGGUAAUAUAUAUUUGGAUUAUAUUGUAAAUAAACUCUG